CGCCCACCGCCCUACUUAUUAUUGCUUCAACGGGCGGACGAAGUGCUCAUACCUAGACACUCCACCACCUCAUUGAAGCCUCUACAAUUCUGUGGUAUCUGUGGUCUCCCGAAGCAAUCCAGUCCUAAAACCUGCCUUUACUCCUCUACAUGGUGCUCGCAGACUUGGAAAGACCUGUCGUCUCGGUCGCCCCUACUCUCAGACGAUCAGGUUUUCGGUGACCUUCAAUAUGCCUGCCGCAACAGAGAUUGAAGCGCCCGCAAGGACUCUGAACAAAGAACUGGUAGUGCACAGUGUUCCCAAGGUCAUCAAGGAACUUCAGUUCGGUGUUCUGUCUGAUCAAGAUAUAAUCAACCAAUCUCAAGUCGAACUCGUCGAUCGCAGGCUCUUUGACCUCGAAAAAGAUGGAGGAAACUUUCGAAAAUAUGCCGAAUAUGGACCUCUUGACAAGCGGAUGGGAAUCUCAGGCAAAAAGGAUAUUUGUGCCACCUGCGGCGAGCGUCUGGAAACCUGUAAUGGUCACUUUGGUCAUGUCAACCUUGUCCUCCCAGUCUUCCAUGUCGGCUAUUUCAAGAAAGUGAUCCAGGUACUUCAGAGUAUCUGCAAGGAUUGCUCCUGCAUUCUGCUUUCUGAGGCCGACCGCCGAAAAUUCAUCGUCACUCUGCGCCGAGUCGGAGAUGAUACUUUAAGACAGGCCAUAAUCAUCAGGAAAAUUGCCGAUCAAUGUCGAAAGACCAAGGUUUGCUUCGAAUGCGGCGCCAUCAAUGGCCUUGUGCGCAAAGCAGGCACUGCGUCCAUGAAAAUCACUCAUGACAAGUUCAAGAGUUUCAACGCUUCAACUUCAGCCAAGAAAGUCGCUCCGCCUGAGAAGAUUGCCUUUGAUCAGUCCUUUGAUUUUGCAAAGAAACACAAUCCAGAACUCGACAAACACUUCAAAAAGGCCAUGGACGACCUGAACCCUCUGCGUGCCUUGAAGCUAUUCAGACGCAUCAAGUUUGCCGACCGUGAACUUUUAGGCCUCGGUGCAGCCAAGCCAGAGUCAUUUCUCUGGCUCCAUGUCCCUGCACCUCCCGUAUGCAUUCGACCCUCAGUCAGCCAAGACAGUACCAGUACCGAAGACGACAUCACUGCAAAACUCGGCGAUAUCAUUGCAGCAAACUCUCAGCUCGGGGAAACAAUAGAAAAGGGUGCUCCAGUGCAAUCCAUCAUCGAGCACUGGGACUAUUUGUCACUCCAGCUGGCAAUGUACAUCAACAGCGAUGUUCCUGGCUUGGCCAAGGGAGAAUUUGGCAAACCAAUUCGAGGUUUUGUCCAGCGCCUGAAAGGAAAGCAGGGCAGAUUCAGAGGCAAUCUCUCCGGAAAGCGUGUCGACUUUUCUGGACGCACUGUCAUUUCCCCGGACCCAAAUCUGAGCAUUGACGAGGUGGCCGUUCCCAUCUUGGUGGCCAAAAACAUGACUUAUCCCGAAGUUGUCAACGACAACAACAUCGAAAAGCUUCGAAGGCGUGUUAAGAAUGGCUCACACAAAUGGCCUGGUGCUAAUCACGUCAACAAACACGACGGGUCCUUUCGCUUUUCCCUACAAUACGGUGAUCGAGCCCUCGUUGCCAGAGACCUGAAGCCUGGAGACACGGUUGAACGUCAUCUCGAGGACGGCGAUAUUGUUUUGUUCAAUCGCCAACCUUCAUUGCACAAAUUGAGUAUUCUCAGUCAUUAUGUCAAGGUCCGGCCACAUCGGACAUUUCGCUUAAACGAAUGUGUAUGCAAUCCAUACAACGCCGAUUUCGAUGGUGAUGAAAUGAACUUACAUGUGCCUCAAACUGAGGAAGCACGAACUGAGGCGACGUUGCUCAUGGGCGUUAAGCACAAUAUUGUGACGCCAAAGAAUGGUGAGCCCAUUAUUUCUGCCAUCCAAGAUUUCAUUACGGCCUCUUUCCUCCUCAGCAGCCUCGACCAGUUUUACGAUCGGAAGACCUUUGUCACGCUGUGCAUAGGAAUGCUAGAGCCCGAUACCAAAUUCGAAAUCCCCCCUCCUUCCAUCAUCAAACCCGAAGCGCUAUGGACAGGGAAGCAAGUAUUCAGCGUUCUUAUGCGGCCCAGUCCCGAUUAUCCUACCUUUGUCAACCUGGAUGCUGCUUGUCGAGACCACAAACAAUACCAUCCCGGGCUGCAUCGAGACUUGCAAGACGACAGCUACUUGUGCAUCCGGAAUUCUGAAGUAUUGUGUGGACGUAUGGACAAAGCAACUGUUGGUGCCGGCAAAAAGAACUCGUUAUUCUACAUUCUGUACCGUGAUUUCGGUCCGGAUGCGUCGGCCAAGGCGAUGAAUCGCUUGUCCAGAUUGUGUGCUCGUUGGCUCGGGAACCAAGGAUUCACGGUUGGGAUCAGCGAUGUCACUCCCACAGACAUUUUGGUCAAGGUCAAAGAGGACAUGAUCAACAAAGUCUUCGAGGACUGCAGCAAUUUUGUACGAGAGUCAAAGGCUGGCAAACUCAAGCGCAAAGCUGGACUCGAUGACGCAGCAACACUCGAAGGCGAGCAAGUCAGGGUUCUCAGUACAGUGCGAACCAAUAUCGCAGGCGUCUUGACAACGCAACUCAGCAAACGAAAUACGCCCAUGGUCAUGGCAACGUCUGGGUCCAAAGGCUCCAACAUCAACGUGACGCAGAUGGCUGCCCUCCUUGGGCAGCAGGAUAUCGAAGGCAAACGUGUCCAAGAUGGGUUUCAAGAUCGUACCUUGCCUCAUUUCGCCAAACUUGAGCGCUCUCCUCCAUCGAAAGGAUUCGUCUCAAACAGUUUCUACAGCGGCCUUCUGCCUUACGAGUUCCUUUUCCAUGCCGUGGGAGGAAGAGUUGGUCUGGUUGACACCGCCGUCAAGACUGCAGAGACCGGUUACAUGUCCCGGCGGCUGAUGAAGUCACUGGAGGAUUUAUCAACUCAAUAUGACCGCACCGUGAGAAAUUCGGCCUCGAAUAUCGUGCAGUUCCGUUUCGGUGAUGAUGAGCUGGACCCGGUUGACAUGGAAGCCAGUGCUAAGCCGGUGGACUUCGAACGUACCUACGCCCAUGUUGAAGCAACGACUCAUGACACUGCUGAAGAAGGUCUCCCGGAUACCGAAAUUUACUCGACGAUGGAAGAAAUCCUCUCCCAUAAGCGAGCGCUUUUAACAAGAAUCGAUCUCAAUGGCGUUGAAUUGCCCUACGACACUGACGAUGACCGAUUAGUGGACCAACACGAAAGUCACCGAGCGUUUCUGAAAUCUAUUCACGAUUUUGUCAUGAACAAGUCAAAUGCGUUCAACGAUGUUCGAGCGCAAAAGAAACAAUUUGCGCUAGCGCCGGCCUCGGUAGGCGAGGGAUCUGGGACCAAACGCAAGGCUGAGACGGGCAUCGCGACCGAAGAGGAUGGUCAAGCAGGCCCUCAACGGCGAUCGGGCAGAGUAUCAAUAGCCCAACCGACUCCAACAAAACCCUCCAAAAAGCAGAAGCGCGAUAUUCCGAUCCAGCCGAGUAUGACAAAGAUACAGGCUGGACCAUCUACCAAGGACAGAUUCGAAUUGACCUCGAAGUUGUCCAGAACUACUCUCGAGGCCUUCGUCAACAAAUGUCUGGAGAAGUAUGAACGUGCCAGAGUGGAGCCAGGCCAUGCCGUUGGUGCGGUCGGAGCCCAGUCGAUCGGUGAGCCCGGUACUCAAAUGACGCUGAAAACUUUCCAUUUCGCUGGUGUUGCUGGCAUGAGUUUGACAGCAGGUGUACCUCGAAUCAAAGAGAUCAUCAAUGCUUCCAAAGUGAUCAGCACUCCUGUCAUUACCUGCCGCUUGGAGAGGAGAAGGGAUCUUUCCAUUCCCGAAUCUCUUGCACGUAUCGUCAAAGGUCGCAUUGAGACCCUUUUUCUUGAAGAUAUCACGUCAUUCAUCGACAUCAGUCACUCCCCUGACCGACGAAGCUGUGUUAUUGUCAAGAUCUCCCUCGACACAAUAAUUGACCUCGGCCUUGAUAUUACAGUGCCGGAAAUCGUCGAGGCGAUUGUCAAACACCGCCAACUCAAGGCAGCUAAACUCAAGAUUCAGGUCCGUGGCGCGGAUGAGCUCAAGAUCUCCACAGACCAACCCAUCAAGUCGAGCAGGCGAGGAGCUGCAGCCAAAUUGGACGAAGAAAGUCAGAAUGAACGGUUGCUCCAACUUCAAACACUGAGCCGAAUUCUUCCAACCGUCCACGUGCUUGGACACCCCUCGGCUACUCGUGCUGUGGUUAUGGCUGAAGACGACCCCCUUUCCGACGAGAUUCGCGCCAAACGCAACCGAGAGGUCAUGCUCAAAAGAGAAGCCGAAGCAACGAGAAUUUCUGCAAAAUCAACUGCGGAGCCAGAAGUCAAAUCUGAAGGGGGGCCCGAAAAUGCCGGCGUCUCGGAUGGCAAAGAGGUGAAAGUCGAAUCGCCCAAACUAGCCCCCAGCACCGUCAUUGCGACUCCAGCUAAGCCAAUCCAAAUGCACAGGGUCAUGGUAGAAGGAUAUGGACUACGGUAUUGCAUGAACACCGACGGGGUUGAUCCGUACCACACUCAAACCAAUUCCGUCAUUGAGACUCUUCAAGUCCUUGGAGUUGAAGCGGCGCGGUCCAAGAUUAUCACGGAAAUUCAAGAGGUGACCAAGGAUCUUUCGAUUGAUCCACGGCACAUGGCUCUACUGGCCGACGUCAUGACAUACAAAGGCGAAGUGUUGGGGAUCACGCGAUUUGGUCUAGCCAAGAUGCGCGACAGUGUUCUACAGUUGGCCAGUUUCGAGAAGACGGCAGAUCAUGUUUUCGAGGCAGGUCAGGUCGGCAAGACGGACAAGAUCGAAGGUGUCAGUGAAAGUGUCAUUGUGGGGAAGACUAUGAGGGUUGGUACGGGCAGUGUUGAGGUCGUGAGAUAUUUGAACAUUGAUCCAAAAGAGAAGGGGAGGAGGAGGACGGUGUUUGAAGAUGCGUGGGGUAAGCAAGCCACCGGAAGAACGACUAGGCGAUAGAUAGGUCUAUGCCCUUUUGUAUAGAGAUCUGUAUGAUUCUGACAGGGUCCUCGAAAUGGGUGGUCUUUACUCAACUACACGAUCAAACUGACACGGGUUUUCUCGCGAGUCAAUCCAACAUGAUCCGAUUCGCACUCUACGACAACGAUGGCUGAUGAUUCAGUAAUGUCUGGGGAAGUUUCGUAGUCCGUUCGGAUGU